CGAAUCGAAACAGUCACUCAAUAAAAUUCAAUGGAAUAGCAAGGAAACUACGCAACUCGUGUUAUUUAUAGAUAAAACAUUAUUUUGGUGUCUAAUUAUGAUAUGACAAAUUUGGUGAUAAACGGACAAAAGUGACGGUUAUAAGCAAUGGCUGAUUACAGUGCUAAAUGUUUUCACCGUUUUCUCCGUGCCUCCUUGGGAUUUCUGCUUCUAGCACAACUAGCGCAAUACGUACCCUUGGCGUCCGCCGAAGGUCACUGCACAUGGUACGGCGUGUGUGACGCGCCGUACAACUGCGCUUACAAUGGCACGGCUAAACCUAUACAGGAAGAGACCAAGUGGGUCCUGGAGAAAUACUGCCCCGAAUACCUCGGCGGCAAUGUCUGCUGCAACGACGCCCAGCUGAAGAACUUCGCCGACAAGAUCAAAACAGCCGAGUCUUUAGUGUCGAGGUGUCCCACGUGUUUCAAUAACUUCUUGAAACACAUCUGCGCCAUCACGUGCUCGCCGCAGCAGAGCGACUUCAUAGUCGCUAAGACCGUCGCCCCUAACAAGAAUGGCACUGCGCUCAAUGUUGUCGAGUUGGACUACUACCUGUCAGCUACUUACAAGGAGGCCACAUAUAACUCGUGCAAACAGGUCCAAAUGCCGUCAGCGAACAAGUUGGCAAUGGAUUUCCUAUGCCUGAAGUACGGCGCUCAGCGUUGCACGGCGCAGCGCUGGUUCGAAUUCAUGGGCACCAAGGGUCCGUUCGUGCCCUUCCAGAUAAACUACAUCGAGUCUGUGCCUAAUAAUAACUACACCUUGUUCAAUCCGGCCACCCUUCCCUGCAGUGUCGGCCUUACCAAGGAUACCCCGGGAUGCUCCUGCCUAGACUGCGACGCCGCGUGCCCCGCGCCGCGCCCGGCCCCCGCGCCGCCGAAACCCUUCAGUAUCCACGGCGCGGAUGGCUACGCCGUCAUUAUGGCCAUCGUGUUCGUCAUCUUCACGUCGCUGUUCCUCAGCGGAGUCUAUUGCUGCAAUCAGCAGGAGAAUACUGUUGACGGGUGGCGCGGCGAGCGGCGCGGCGGGGGCCCGGAGACCAGCCCGCUACACAGCCACAGAUCUAGUGUGGCUUCAGACAAUGAGCAAGAGAUGGCCACCAACCCUCGGUCCAUCGACCAAUCUGAUGGUCUACAAGAAGCCACCUUCUUCGAGAAGCUGGGGGCGGACACGGAAACCAAAUUGGAGGACUUCUUCCAGUGGUGGGGCUACCAUAUGGCCUCUAAACCUUGGAUCGUGCUGUUUGCGGGUCUCUGCGUGGUCGUAGGCCUCGGCCAUGGCAUCUACUACAUGCAAGUCACAACUAACCCCGUUGAGCUUUGGGCCUCACCAACCUCGCGCUCUCGUAUCGAGAGAGAAUACUUCGACUCUCACUUUGAGCCGUUCUACCGUACUGAGAUGGUUAUCAUCAGCUCCAAAGGUCUCCCGAAGAUAGAGUACACAGAUGAAUUCAAUGAGACCACGACGUUUGGUGCGGUGUUCAAUUCCACAUUCAUGGUGGAGGUAUUCGAGUUGCAGAAGAAGAUUAUGGACCUCGGUAACACGUCUCGUCUCGAGAACGUGUGCUUCGCGCCGCUCGCGUCCGCGAUCAACCCCACCGUCACCGCGGACAAGUGCGCCAUCCAGAGCGUGUGGGGAUGGUUCCAGAACGACCCGGAUAACUUUGACGUUGAGGACAACGCGUACUUGGGAAAGAUCUUGAAGUGCACGCAAAACGCAUACGACCCCGACUGCCUGUCAACAUACAACGGUCCUGUGUUACCAGCGGUUGCUCUAGGCGGUUUCCUGGCUCCCGGGGAACAACUCACCUCGCAGUCUCGCUUCCAUGAGGCCACUGCCCUCAUUCUGACCUUCCUGGUCAACAACAAACACGACAAGGCCAAGUUGGGCCCAGCGCUCGAAUGGGAGAAAGACUUCAUCACAUUCAUGACAAACUACACCAAAAACGAGAUGCCAGCACACAUGGACAUCGCUUACACCUCCGAGCGGUCCAUCGAAGACGAACUGUACAAGGAAUCUCAGUCAGAUGUGUCUACUAUACUGGUGUCUUACUUUAUCAUGUUCGCGUAUAUUGCGAUAUCGCUGGGACGGUUCACUACCUGUGCGAGGUUGCUGAUUGACAGCAAAGUCACUCUUGGACUUGGAGGCGUCCUCAUAGUCCUGGCAUCCGUGGUGUGCUCGAUCGGCCUGUUCGGUUACGUCGGUGUCGCCGCCACACUCAUCAUCGUAGAAGUCAUCCCCUUCCUUGUGUUGGCGGUUGGCGUGGACAAUAUCUUCAUCCUGGUGCAAACUGCUCAACGUGAGCCGAGAAGACAGGACGAGACCGCCGCGCAACAUAUCGGGAGGACCCUGGGACAAGUGGGCCCCUCCAUGUUCCUGACGUCGAUCUCGGAGUCGGUGUGCUUCUUCCUGGGCGCGCUGAGCGACAUGCCGGCCGUGCGCGCCUUCGCGCUCUACGCCGCCGUCGCGCUGCUCGUCGACUUCCUGCUGCAGGUCACCUGCUUCGUGGCCCUCAUGGCGGUCGACACCGAGCGGCAGAACGCCAACAGAUUCGACGUAUUCUGCUGCGUGCAAGGCAGCAAGGUGGACAUGCCAGACGCAUACGAUGGACUUCUGUAUAACAUGUUCAAACAUGUCUACGUGCCCUUCCUCAUGAAGCGAGAAGUCAGAGCCUCGGUCAUGAUCAUAUUCUUCGCUUGGCUCUGUUCGUCUGUAGCUGUCGCACCCCACAUAGAAAUCGGUCUCGACCAAGAGCUCUCCAUGCCUCACGACAGUUUCCAAACGAAAUACUUCCAACACCUCAACAAAUAUCUCAACAUCGGGCCACCAGUGUACUUUGUGGUCACAGAAGGAACCAACGGCAUAGAUUAUUCGGACAAGGAUAUACAGAAUAUGAUAUGCGGCACUAGAUUCUGUAACGAUGACAGUGUUUCUAUGCAGAUAUAUUCAGCGUACCGCACACAAAACGAGAGUUACAUCGGACAGCCGGCCAACUCGUGGCUCGACGACAUGUUCGACUGGUCGGACGGCGACAAGUGCUGCUUCAAAUACAAGAACGGCAGCUUCUGUCCGCACGACGUCGCCUUACAGACGGGCAGUUGCGAAGCGUGCAACAUACCGCUAGUACCACCAGAACAACGUCCCAGCCCUACCGACUUCGAUCGUUACGUCUCCUUCUUCCUCCGCGACAAUCCAGACAACGAUUGCCCUAAAGGCGGUCACGCCGCCUACGCCCAAGCAGUCAACUACAAAACGAGAAUCAUAAACAAGACAGAAUCAAGCGAAGUCGGAGCUACAUACUACCAAACCUACCACACAGUGCUAAAAACAAGCUCUGAUUACUACUCAGCCUUAAAAGCGGCGAGAAACGUAGCUGCCAACCUUACUUACACAAUAAACUCUAAAUUAAAAGAACAAGGGAAGAACACGACAGUGAAUGUGUUCCCUUAUUCGGUGUUCUAUGUGUUCUAUGAGCAGUAUUUGACGAUGUGGCCGGAUACGUUAAAGAGUAUGGGAAUUAGUGUGCUGUCUAUAUUUAUUGUCACGUUCAUUUUGAUGGGAUUCGAUCUCUUCUCGGCUUUGGUGGUAGUAAUAACGAUCACAAUGAUCGUAGUCAAUAUAGGAGGACUUAUGUACUGGUGGGGUAUUAGUUUGAAUGCAGUGUCACUAGUCAAUUUGGUGAUGGCGGUGGGUAUAGCGGUGGAGUUCUGCUCGCACCUGGUGCACAGCUUCAGCGUGUCCCCGGGCGCGUCGCGCGUGGCCCGCGCCGGCGCCGCGCUCGCGCGCAUGGGCUCCUCCGUGCUCAGCGGCAUCACGCUCACCAAGUUCGGCGGCAUCAUCGUGCUGGCCACCGCCAACAGUCAGAUAUUCCAGGUGUUUUACUUCCGUAUGUACCUGGGCAUCGUUCUGUUCGGUGCGGCGCACGGACUCAUAUUCCUGCCCGUUAUGCUCAGCUAUAUAGGGUCCCCCGUCAACAAGCAGAAGCUAGCCAACCAGAUGCAGCGCGGCAAGGAGGCGGUCGCCGAGACGUCGCUCACGAGAGUAAGUGGGGGAGGACCCACCGCUAGACUCUAUAACUUUGACACGCUUCUGGCGUAAGCGUCGCCCGGCUCUGAGAGGCAAAAAGAAAAAUAACGUGAUUGAGGUCCGUUUACGGGAUUUUUAAACAUUCAACUACCUAUUUACAACAAUGAAAGGCACGUUUGAAUUAAAGAGCGCAUCUGAUUUUCGUUCGAAACGUGCUAAAAAUUUCUAUAGUAAAUUUUAAGAGGCAUUUGAUAAUAAGCCAACACUUUAAUGAAGUUCAAAUUCAUUGUGAGAAAUAUAUUUAUAAAUGGACUGAUAUUGUAGUUUUUUAAAUUCCAAGUUUAAACUUGAAAUUGGCUGUGGUUCUGUAAACGGACUUGAUCGUAAUUUAUAAAUAUUUUUUUCUUUUUGCUACAAGUGUGGUGGACACUGAAAUAACUAAGUAUAGAAAAUAAUUGUAAACAUAGAGGCGAAAGAUGGAAUGCUAGCUUUUAUCUAAGCUGGCUUAUUUAUGUUGAUAUUAGAAGGUAAAAUAUAUAGUGAUUUGUAAAGAGAAUUGAACAGUAUUGUCCGUGCAAUAAAACGUAAAAUUAAAAAGUAAAUUAACGUAGUUAUUUCCAACUAACAAAGCUUCGUAUUAAUCUUGCUUCCGCCAUACUUGUUGUUAAUUCAGUGCCCGGUAACGCUUAUCAUAGACCAACCAACAUAUUGGGCCAGUGCCUUUGAAACGAUGGAUUCUACCAUCAAAUUGGAGCUGAUCCUAAUUUAACAAGAAAAUAAAAUAUAUCAUACGUGAAAUAUUUUAUUUUCUACUAGAUAUAUCGCCUAAUGGGAACGUGGUUUUCUUCCCAUUAACACUAUAUUCUAAAGCAUUUAUGUGUAAAGUAGUAUUCACAAUUAAAAUUGGAAUUUAGUAUAUAAAAUUGUGAAUUCUCCUUGCGGGUACGGUUUCUAACCAAAGAAUGGUUCAUGGCUCCUUUUUACUAUGUAUAAAAUACACGAAUAUUUUUUUUAUUGUAAUGCAUGUACCGAUCGUUUUAGAUGUGUAUAGAUGACGAUCAUUCCUAUUUGUUUUUCGAAUUUAAGUUAUUUUUAUGUACUGGAUGUUGCGUGCGUGCUUGACACUGCCUUGAUUUUUUUUGCACUUUUGCGGUACUUAAACGUUUUGGACGGUACUUAAGAUUCUGUCGAUAUUCUAUAGGGCAGUGGGCAACGGAAUAAUUAAUAAUUAUGUAGAUGAUAAAUAUUAAAGGUGGUCGGUCACUCAUCGCGUGCAAACGACAUGCAGCCUUAACUACAUUUAAACUAGGUACUUAGUUCCUUUAUUUUAUUUUAUAAUCCUACCUAAUCAAUUUCAUUGGCAAUAAAUAUUUUAUUUAUUGUAAAUUCAUGUUAGAUGCUGUUUUCUUUGUUUUUUUGCAGUAUUUUUUUGUGAUAUAUUGCUUUAAAUAUCCGUAGGUAUUUUUUUGUCAUAUUAAAGAAAAUCGAGAUUAUAAAAAAGUCGAUUAGAAAUUGUCGCCAAGGCUGUAUGUAGAUGGGAGCAUGUAGGUGACCCCAUGAUAUUACAUGUUAGGAUUCAAGCUUAUUACAAUUUUUAUUUAAACAUAUUCCAAUUAUUGUAAUUAUUAUGUCGUGUUUGAGUCAUGGCUCUCGCUGGCAAACGAGAUUAAUUUAUUUUGCUUUAUGUUAAUAGUGUCCUGCACUUUCUUUCGAUAUUCAUUAUGAAUAUAUGCAGUUAGAUUAGUAAUAUUUAUUAACAACAAUAAAUAUUUGUAAUUUAUCAAGCAGCCAUUUUGAUUAGCAUUAGUUCAUUUACAAAAUGGCUGCUCAAACAUUUAACGCAAAAAGUAUAUACACGGUGGCUAAAAAAUAAGUGUAUUCCCGUUGCCAGGGAGGCUUUUGGAUUAUAUUGAGCAACUUUUAUUAUGGGACCAACCCCGAAAUUGCGAAAGAAAAUUUGGCUGUUUCAUACAUUUUGGCUGGUCCAUUUUCUAUGGGAGGGUAAGUUUUUUUUCGCUUACUAGAAGUUGCUCUGUAUAUUUGUAUAAUCCCAAAACCUCCCUGGCAACGGGAAUGCACUUAUUUUUUAGCCACCCUGUAUAUAACAUAACUGGCUGUAGUUAAGUUAGCAAAGUAUUGGUAAAUGUUAGAAAGUCCUAACAGCCAAUGAAAGCGAGAAAUAGUCUAAUAAUUGAAUAAAUUAGAAUCUUAUUGUCAUGAAUGUUUACUAAGUUGUAGAUUCCUUAAUCUGAUACGAGAAACUUUACAAAAGUAGGGACGCUAAUCACGAAAAAUUUGGUACAUUUACCCGCCUGUUCCUGUCUCUAUCGCACGCGCGUAAUUAUAUUGCUGCAUCGCCCAUGUUGCCAGCGGUCAAUGCCAUUGUGCGAGAAGGACAGUAAUAUAAUUAUACGUGUGCGAUAGAGAUAGGAACAGGCGGGACAAUGUACUUAGCGUGCUGAGCGUACUUUAGUUUUGGAUUUAGGUGUCCCACUUUUGAUUAUCGAUUAUUUACGAUUUAUAAAGGAAUUAUAUCAAAAUAUAUGGCCAUCGGUGUAGCCAGGUUUAGACUUUUUCAACUACCUAGGUCAUAAGAGGGUAGGACUAGACCUCAGAAUGACCAUGUCGAUUAUUAGGACCAUUUUUUUUAGUGCAAUAUCCUUAGUUCUACUAUAACACUUAAGCGUUCAUUGUGAACAGUCUGUCCUUUUCUAACUUACUAGAUACUGUCGAGUGCAAAAGAGAUAGGUGCGCGAUAAAUGCUAAUGUGCUAGGAGGAGGAGGAGUCAUCGUUACUAUAUCUAAGCGGACAUUUUCUAAAAUAUCAAGUUGAAAAACAAAUGUUACUAUAGUUUGGUUCAUUACAAACAUCGACUGACAGAAACAUACUGUCUCUGUCUUACACUAGUAAUAGCACCCAAAGGAGAGCGAUGUAGGUAUAGUUUUCUUUGUUCUUACUUACUGACAGGAUGUGUUUGCCUGACUAUAGUUAUCGAUUUGAAACCAACGUUAUGUCUUUUUUUAAUAGAAAUACGCGAUUAGGUUCGUUUGGAUAUAUAGUUGUUCAAACUAAAUUGUCAGUAAAUAAGAACAAAAAAAACUAUAUUCAUCCUUUUCUUUUGGGUGCUAGUACUAGUGUAAGACAAAGAUAGUAUGAUUAUCUCUGUCUAUGUUUGAAAUGAGACAGUCCUUUGACAAACUAUAUGUAUUUUAUACCCAAUAAAAUACCCAUUAGGUCAGUUACUUGCAUUUUUUAGGACAUGUUCGCUCGGAUGACCGUUGAAAUCAUUUUCAUAAUAUUAGGUUUUAAUUUAUUGUCAGUUUCUUUGCACGUUUAAAUUUAUAAUUAAGCUUUAUCGCUGUGCACAUUGUAUUAAUUUAUAUUUUAAUUAUUUUCCUAAGUAACUAACAAAGGGUACAUGAGAGUAGAACUAACUAAGCCUCUAUUUAUCUUGCAUGACAAUUGUCACUUGACACUGACAUUUUGUCAUUACACGUUACGUUAAGAGUCCCCGGCAAGCUCGGCCGAAUUUCAUCUUCCCAUACAAACGGAGUUUCGUUCUCAUUUUAAAACUACUCGUUGGAUUGUAAUGAAACUUUGCACAUACAAUGACAUGAGGUAUAUCUAGUCCUGUAAUUAGUUUAUACCUAGUCUAGCCAUAAAUUCCGUUAUAACUUAAAUAACACAUAACAGCUAUAUAUUAAAAGUGAUUGAAACAAAUUUUAUAUAUCAAAAAGACAAAACUAAUGACGAAUUUAAAAAAAAACAAUGAUUAGAUUUUGUUUUUGUUUUCUCUUGCGUAUUUACGUGCUUUUUAAUGAAGCAGCGAAGUGCCUCAAAAAUACGCACGUCUUUUUCACCACCUCCGUCGGGAAUUUCGACCACAUAGCUUUAAACAAUUUCUGUAACAAACUAUUUUUUAUGUAUCGCCUAGAGCAGGCAAUAUAUACAUAAAAGAAAUCCAGUGGAUCAAACAUUGACUUGCCGAGAGAAAGAGGCAGUAAGUUGCCUCAAUAACCUUGGUAAAAUAGCUCCAGUUUAUAAAACAAACGAAAUAGAGCAACAACAAGUUUUGUAUGAACAACUUAAAUUAACUGUAUUUUUUUACUAUGGUAUUUGAAGCUACAUAAACUAAUUACAGGACUAGAUAUACCUUAUUCUAUUGUAAGUACAAAGUUUCAGAGCAAUCUAGCUAGUUUUAAGAUGAGAGCGUAACUACGUUUGAAUGGAGAACCGAGCUUGCCGGGGACUUAAUAAACCAAAAUAUUUAGUACAGAAAACUUUUUUAAAUACGCUCCACUCCUAUACACCAAAAGUAAUUUUGUAUGUGUAAUGCACAACAGAAAAUAAGUCUUUAUGUACAUUAUGUUUGUAAGAUUACUUUAUAUGCAAGCAUAGAUAAAUUGAAGAGGGGCGCGCAGUUAAAAAACGGUCUGCGACUGGUCUGGUGCGAUUAUUUUAUGCGAUAAACGCAACGUUGAACGCAUAUGUUACGGAAUGUAUGAAAAAUUACAAUGCGUGUAUAGUAUGAAUCUUCUCAAAUUAUUUUUACGCCUAAGACGCUGUAAUCUGUUAAAGAUAAACCAUUGUUUCUUUUGUGCGAGCGGCACGUUGUCAAUUGUCAGACACAAUGGCCGACCGCUCGCAAAAAAGGAACAAUGGCUUUUGUUUAACAAAUUACACAUUAAAAAUCUUUUGGGAAGAUGCAGACUUUACUGUAAUGCGUAAAACAAUUCAGUGUCAUUAGAUUAUUUAAUGUAAAAUGUCACUUUUCCUACAUUCCGUUGAUCGCAUGCGUUCAACGCUGCGUUCGUCGCAUAAAACAACGGCGCGCUUCAGUGUCAAAAGAUAUCUGUCUUGUUGGUAAAAUAGGCGGCAAGCUUAAGGUGGUCGGGCUCCGUUCAGUAUGGUUAUUUAAAGUCGAGCAUCUCUUUGCAGGUUCGUCUCUAACCUCAUGGAAAUUAUGAACAAAUUCUUUAUUAUUACUAUUAUUAGUCAUCACUUUUCAAUGUAUUAUAUCCACAACUUUGAGUUUACAUGAGAUUGAUUUAUUCUAGUUGGCGCCCUCUAAGUUCCUAUUAAUGUAAUUAGGAAAUGCAGCCAAUGUUGCUGUUUUAGAGAAUUUCACCGAACUGGAAUCUCCUACUUAAAAUUAGUACUUAAUUUAGAGGGAAUUUUUCCGCAAUAUCCAAAGGUAAUGGUAAUGUUAGUGAUGUACCGACCCACAGUUUAUAUUGUGAUAGAAAUAAAUUAUGUUUUUCUUAUU